AUAUAUUCCUUUUGUUGUGAGAAGGAGCUUUGAUAUCUUGGCACAGUCUCUGCCGUCUUUAGCACUGUCCUUCACACUGUCUCUAUGAUGGUGGGGAUUCCCUAGCUUUCACAUGCGACUCCAACCACAGUCAUUCAUGACACUGUCAACAUUGAGUGUUUUCAUAUCAUUCCGGAAAUCUCAUGUUGAAAUCUGACCUCUUUGACUUUCAUAUCACAAAUUUACUCAGAGACAUCAACCUCUCCCCCAGCCACCCCCACCACCUCACCACCUCACCACAUCCUCGGCUCUCGACGGAAAACCACCCCCAUCAUAACCAGCUUGGCGACCUCACUCAUCAAUUCCGAUCUCUCAAACAGUAACCCCUCAUAUUUCUAUUCACUAUUUCACGUUCAAAACCUCAAUAUGGCCACCCAACAAACCCCACCCCAAACCCUCCAAGCAUUCAACACCUACCCCUGGGCCUCAGACCGAGAAUUCAUGCAAUCCCUCGUCACAACCCUCGGCCCCCUCCUAUCCCCCCAAUCCCUCUCCUCCCCCUUCACCAAGCCCCAAGUCCUCACCUCCAUCCAGACCCUCCGCGCAAAAUAUUACACCGCCAAAUUCAACGUCCCCAUCUCCCCCUCCCCUUCCUCCGCCACCACACUCCCAACCCCAGACGAGGAAAUCCUCAAAAAGGCCUCUUGGCUGUAUGUGAAUAUCCAAAAGAAGAUAAACAACAAUACCCCUGUCCCACCAGCAGAGGGACCAAAGGAGGAGGAAGUGCCGGAGUGGCAGAGGAGUGGGGGGGUGAAGGUUGAUUUAUCGAAAAAGGCGGAGGAUGGGGAGGGGGAAGUGGAAGGCGAGGAUAGGAAAGGGGAAUAUCCUAAUAAGUUUCAGGCGAUUAUCGAAGCGGUGACGACGGGGAAGACGAUUGAGGGGAUUAGGGAGAUUGAGGAGCGGAUUGUGAGGGGGGAGGGGGUGGUGCCUGUUGGGGGAGGAGGGUGCCGGUUAAGCCUUGGGAGAGGGGGAGAGUUUUGGGGGAUGGGGUUGGGGAGGAUGGGGGCGUAA